AUGUCCGGUACAGCCAAAGACUUCCACUCGUGGGACGAAGAAGCUCGUCGCGCGGCUCUCGCGAAGUUGGAUAACUCCACGGCAUACUCGCCUACACCCGAAGAGCUCGAGUUUCUCAAGAGUCAGACAGGCAUCGCGGAUGAAGCUGAGCUGGAGAGACGCGUUAGAGACGUACAACGUCGCGCUUACGACGUGUAUCCUUACGUUUGCAUCCACCGCUUCUCGUUCAUCAGGCUGAAGAUCACACGCCACUUCGCCUACCCCAACCUCCUCGCACUACCGAAAUCGCGUUCACGCGCGAUAUUCCUUGAGGUCGCCUCCUGCUUCGGACAAGACAUCCGCAAAGCGGUCGUAGACGGCUAUCCGGCGAAGGAUGUAAUCGCGUCUGAUCUGCGCCAGGGGUUCUGGGACGUCGGACUCGAACUCUUCGCCGCGAGCACGCCGCCACCUUUCGUACAAGCAGACGUAUUCGAUCUGAACAAGGAGACAUCUGCUCCUUCGCCCGAGCCGCCCGCAGACCUCAGCACCUUGACGAGCCUCGUUCCCCUGCGCGGCCAUGUCUCUGCCAUCAACGCGUCGGCUGUCUUCCACCUCUUCGACUUCGACCAGCAAGAGGCCUUCGCUCGUGCGUUGGCGAGUCUUCUCGACAAGAAACCGGGCAGCAUGAUAUUCGGGGUACAAUCGGGACAGCCGGUGAAGAAGACCGUUCAUAGGGCGAUGAGCGAGACUGGGGCACAGCAUUGCCAUGGUCCCGAUAGCUGGCGUGAGCUGUGGGAGAAGAUAUAUGGGGAAGGGAAGGUGAAGGUUGAGAGUCAGGUGUGGGAGAGGCCGGAACCUGCGUACACAUUGACCUCGGGGGACAAGGUGUACUUUCUCAUCUGGUGUGUGACGAUAUUGUAA